AUGGUUAAAUUACCCGAUUGGUGCCACCAAUACUUCAAAUUCCGUUCUUACUCGGAACUGGACUUGUUCAGUUUGUCUAAGCACACGCAGGGCAAGUUCGGCCACCUUUUCAACGAUCUUUUGAUGGCUGACCCUUCUUUCAAGAAGAGAAUGUUCGUAAACACCUCCACUGAGUUACUGAACAACGGUGCGGCUCCCGAGGACGAGGAAUACACGAAGAUGCCGCGAGAGGAGAUUCUGAAGAUGUUGUCGAAGGACGAGUGCAGAAAGGGAAAGGUGCACCUGAUGACCGUCGUAGAUGUCGGAAACAACGCCUGCGGACACGCGGGAAUAUGGCACGGGGGCGUGAUAAGUGCAAUAUUUGACAACCUGUUCGGCCUUAUGGGCAACAUAGUGCUGCCGCUGGCAGCUACUAAGUCUCUGACUGUAAACUUUAAGGCUCCAGUUACUGUGGGAUCCACAGUGAUAGCUUUGACGGAGCACGACCCAGAGGCUACUCCGACAACUGACAGAUUCACCGUAACUGGCUCGAUGUACGACCAGUCUGGAAAACUGGUGGCCACCGGUUCAUCUGAGUUGGUUGACGUGUCCAAGAGGUGGUCCAAAUAA